AUGGAGCGACGGUUGGACGAGGAGAAGCUGGAAGCGCAGCUUGUUCGGCAUGACGAGCGCUCAGAGUCAGUCGCGAGUCGGUCGAGGUCGGCGAGGAGCAAGGUGCGGCAAAGGAAGGCGACCCCGGCUGUCCUGGGGACCGCAAUCUCGAGCGAGGAGGAGCAAGACGAUGUUGCAAGCCGACGACGAGGUCGCCUUUCCGCUCUCAGCUUGACAGCGUCGCGAGGGUCGCCAGUGUCAAGCUGGAAGGAAGCCCAGGACCCGGACGGGAAGCAGCAGUCGCGGCAGGAGACGAAGGACGAGAGGCGGUCAAGAAGGACCCGAAGAGAACGCCCACCGCCCGACGAGUCGCCUCCGCCGAAAGCUCGCUCUCGCUCUUCUCGCCAGCAAAGGCGACCACAGCGAGCUACCUCUGUUCCCCUCCCCGGCCUCUUCACCCCCGCGCCCUUUCCGCCGACACAGCGCGCCGCUUCGCCGUCUCCUCCAUCCGACACUUCGCGCGCCUCCCGCUCCCAGCGAGACGUCGCAAGCCGCCCGCGCACCCGCUCGUCUCGCAGUCGACCUCGUCCAACCGGCCUCACUCCUUCUCCUCCUCCCGCUUCCGUUCCGACGCCCUCAAUGAGCGCUGCGGUGAGCGACGCCGAACCCCGCUCGUCCCGCCGCUCUCGCUCCUCCCGCAGACGCCCUCGUCCUUCACGAGGCCCAAGCCCCGACAAUUCUCCUCCUUACACGACACAAGCCGCAACAGCAAGCGAUCUCCUCGACGCAGCAGCCUCAGCAGGCGCAGCAGCAGUCGAGCAAGUAAGCGAAGCGGUCAGCUCAGCCCUGGGGAAGAUGUUGCCUGGGUUUUUUGGGGCGGGCAAGUGA